AUGUCGGAGAACGAGGAGCACAAAGAUGUUGUGACUGGCAGUGAUGUGGCCAGUGGGAGCGAGAUUGGUGGUGGCGAGACUGGUGGAGGAGAAGUGAGCGAACAGCAGCUGAUGAAGCAAUUGCUGGAUGGCGUUUAUGAGCUGGAUGCCGGUGACCACAAGGCAGCCAAUGUGUUUCACGCUCUGCCUGAGAGAAGGCUGACUGCGUAUUAUAAGAUUAUUAAACGGCCAUUCUCGCUGUACCGGAUAAAGCAGAAUAUUGCUCAGAAAAAGUACACCGAUGUGGCAGAGUAUAUCCGGGACUUUGCCCAGAUUACGUACAAUGCACGGGUGUUCAACCGCAAAAGCAGCACCAUUUACGCAGAUGCGGUGGUUGUAGACAAUUAUUUACGUGACGUAGUUAUUGAGACGUUGCGAAAGACUGGUAGAUACACUGAAGAACAGCUGAAAUAUCCCGAGAUCGGACCACUGCCUGAUGGGUCUGAUAACGACGAUGAACCGUAUUAUGAAGAGCCCAGUGUGACGUCUGGUCAGAAUGAUUAUGAUGAUGAUGGAGAUGACGAUGAUAAUGACGAUGACGAGGAUGACUACGACGACGAUGGAUAUGGACCUGGUGCCAAACGAAGAAGUUCUAGACCUCGUCGGUCAGUGUUGCUUGGACAGCGGAGAAAGCGCGAGGAGGAAGAAGAAGAUGCUCGUCAAGCAGCUGCGUCUCUAGAUAAUGAACGUAAAAGCAAACGACGAGGAAGACCUCCAAUUGUAGACAAGCCUCAUGAACACAGAAUCAAGAACAUUCUUCGUGCCAUUCGUAGAGAAAGAAUCGAGUCUACGGGACGAGUCCUGUCGGCUCCUUUUGAACGACUGCCUGAUGGCAAGAUGUAUCCAGAUUAUUACACAGUAAUCCAACAUCCAAUCUCAUUGGAUCAGAUAAAAAAGAAUAUCAAGGGAAGAAAGUACCAGUCUGUGGAGAUGUUUCUUGCUGAUAUGAAUCUGAUGUUUGAGAAUGCCAAACAGUUUAACACUAAAGGUUCGCAGAUUUAUCAAGACGCAGAAACUUUAUCAAAAGUUAUGGAAUUUACUGCUGACGAAGAGAAAAAGAAACCCGACUCGGCGUACCAAGACCUCGAAUCGAGUCAUGCCAGAACUGCACGUUUGCCGCUUGACGAGUUCGAUCAUCGAGGUGAAAAGUAUACAGUUGGUGACUGGGUUCAUUUGAGUAAUCCUAAUGACCCGGCCAAGCCAAUUAUUGGCCAAAUCUUCCGUAUCUGGCAGGUUUCUGAUGGCCAAAAAUGGGUCAAUGUAUGCUGGUAUUUCCGACCCGAGCAGACUGUACACAGAUACGACCGGGUAUUUUACGAGAAUGAGGUUUUCAAAUCCGGUCAAUAUAGAGACCAUUUAGUGAGCGAGAUUCUUGAAAAGUGUUUUGUAAUGUUUGUGUCACGAUAUAUCAGAGGUCGUCCUUCUAGUGUGACGCCUCGAACCAUGGUUUACUGCUGUGACAACAGAUAUAACGAGGUUGAUAAGACGUUUAACCGUAUUAGAACAUGGAAAGCAUGUCUUCCUGACGAGGUUCGUCAUAUCGAGUAUGAGAUAGAUUACUACGAGAGACCCUUGUCACUCAGGAAACUGCCCUCGCCAAUUAAGAACCUGUUACCAGAGAACGCUACAGACGACGACCCACUUCCCGAGCCUAAAAUGGGUGCUGACAACGCUCCUCCUAUUGUUGGUGGGGUAUAUAAGCGGCCUCCUGAUGCCAAAGAGCCACUCGAGCUGCCUACUCCCGAGGGUCAAGGUGAUGUCGUGGGUCCUUUUGGUCCUAUUGGAAAUGCCCUUCGUACUUCACGACCACGACCCGGUGCUCAAAGUGCGAACGUAUCGCUUGUUGUGCCUCCUUCUGCCGGCAACACGCGAUUCGCUGCUCCUAUGGGACCAGGAUCCAUGACUCCAGGAGCCACUCUCGCAGGACGUGGUUCGCCAUAUGUGAACCGACAAAUCGGUGCCGUUCCUGGAGCAUUACCACCUCAUUUACAAUUCCAAGGAGGUGUACCACCAAUCACUCCCACCACAUUCACAUUGCCACCAACUGUUCAAAACCUGCUACCUGUAAAACAACUUCAUGGAGUGGCCAAGCAGUCGAGAACAAACCAAAUGCUGUGGUUUGCAUCCACUCCCCUAUGGAUCCCCGACCGACAUGUGACCCAUCACAUCCGCAAAGAACUCGGCUACAACUUCCAAUUGCAAGGUGCAGGCUACGAUGUCGGCGACGAUUCUGAACAGCGCGUUCCCAGCUCUCGCUCCACAGUCGGCCACUCGGCGAAGUACCUGGCCUGGCGUCUCAAACAGGAGCAAAAGUAA